CCGUUUUCCCCACCCUGAAAUUACCGAUAGCAAUGCAAGUAUUUAUGAACAUUUUUAUGACAACAGCCGAUGGAAGUUGUCAAGCCAAAAACCUGUAUGAAUGUUCGGACGGUCAAUGUAUCUACAGAGAACAAUACUGCGACGGAACCACACAUUGCAAAGACGGCUCAGAUGAAAUAGUAUAUACCAACGCGAGUAAAAGUUUGGACGGGAUAAAGUGUACGGUGAUCAAGGGAGAUGUAAGAAGUUGUUUCCUCUCCACACAGCAUUUGUGUGACGGAUAUAUCGACUGUCUCAGAGGAGAGGACGAAUGUAACUGCAACCAUACGUUUCGCUGUGGUGAUGGUAUUACAUGUCGGUUGCGGUCCCAAUUUUGUGACUCAAAAGUAGACUGUGUGUUGGAUCAUUUGGAUGAACAGAAAUAUGGGUUCGCAUUAAGACUGUAUUUUGUUUACGCUUAUUUAAUGAGAUUUGUAUUAGCAGGUCUAACUCUCCGGGCUAUCAGUGUGCGGUGACCAAAACACACGUUACCAACUACUGCAUGCUGCCAAAGGAAUACGUUUGUGACGGAAUAAACGACUGUGAUGACGGAACAGACGAAUGUUUCUGUGGCAAUAAACCAGCGAUCGAGCGAUCAGGAGAGUUUCUGAGCGAUAAAUGCUUCAGGUGUUUAGAUACAAGUCUUGUUAUACCAUUAAGGCAAAGAUGUGAUGGCUUGUUUCAGUGUUCGGACUUAACUGACGAAUGUUUGUGUCUAAGCAAAUCACACACAUUUCCACCACUUUGUCAACAGCUUUGUAAAGUUGGUGAAAAUUGUGGCUCCUGUAAAGUGGGUGAAAUAAAAUGCAAAACAAGCAGCAAUGGUUUUGAAAAAUGCAUCAACCGAACAAACGUGUGCGACCGGAUCGUUGACUGUGCUAUGGGAGAGGACGAAAAAAAUUGCGGGCGAGAAUCUUUGAAUUUGUUCGCAUGCGCAGACGGGAAACAGCUUGUAGAUGAUUUUAAGAGAUGCAACUUGGUCCUUGACUGCUCCGAUGGGUCAGACGAAGACAGUUGCGACUCUAUGUACCAAUGCAAAUCUUACACUAAGAAAUCAAACCCACCGGAAUACAUCUUCGACGCACCACGGUACACUACAGCUUGUGAUGGCUUAGCUUUUUGCGAGGACUUGGACGAUGAAUGUAACGCAACCAUAUGUUCAAAUCACUCCUUGCCAAAGUACUGCGAUCACGUACAAGGAACCUUGGGCUUCAUCUGCCCGAAUUCCAAGUCAGCGAGAAUUGGAAAGGAAAUAUGCGAUGGUUUUCCAACUUGUAACCCAGCUGUACCGAACGAUUCAGUAGACGAAAAGGGAUGUCAGAACAGAUUCUAUUGUGCUGAUCACGGAGCAACUAAGCUUCCAAUCCACAUUCCGCUUACUGCUAGAUGUAAUGCAAUUACCGACUGUUUCGACGGAAGUGAUGAGGUAAAUUGUAGCGAGGCCACUCACUUCUACUGCUCCACCACUUCGCCAGCCUAUAUAUCGCAUUCUAAGGUUUGUAAUGGGAAUUUCGAUUGUGCCAAUGGAGAGGACGAAUGCCAGAACUGUACCUUCAGUCCGUUCUCAUCCGAUCAGUUUUUAAUCAACAGCACAAUUCUCAGGGUGUCCGUUGGGGUUGUAGGUAUUAUCGCUGUAGCAGGCAAUAUCUUGGUCCUUUGUCAAAACGGUAAUCGACUUCGAAAUGCAAGACGCAAUGAGAGUGAUAUUGUUAGCAGCAGCAGAGUCCUGGCAAUUAAUUUAGCGUUGGCUGAUUUAAUGAUUGGUGUUUAUUUGAUAAUUCUUGGCGUGAAAGAUGUUAUGUACCAAGGUGUUUACUGUUACCAUCAUCUGAAAUGGAAAUCCAGUAUAUUCUGUACGAUUCUUGGUUGCGUGGCUUUGGUGAGCAUCGAAACGUCCAUGUUUGUUCUUACUGUUAUGACAACUUGUCGACUGAUCGUUGUAAAAAGUCCUCUGCCGGGUAGUAUAUCAGUCCGAAAGGUUGUUUGGUCUGUUGUUCUGGCUUGGGUUGUUUCGAUAAUGUUUGCAGUGAUUCCUCUGCUACCUUCGCUACAAGAUACCUUUACCAUGGCAGUUUGGUAUAUGGACAACCCGUAUGCUGGACUGCUGAAUAAACAAGAAGCGGAAGAUAUAGUUCUACGAAUUUGGAGUUUACAGAAUCAAAGCAGAGGCUAUUUUACUACAAACCUAAGUAGAACAUUAACUUGGGAAACAAUGACGACUGUUAUAUCUCGGAUCAAUAGCAGUUACGUUCCCGCACGCAGCUUUGGUUACUACUCUUCACAUGGCGUCUGUUUGCCGAGAAUUUUUCCUAAUUCAUCUUUGGACAAGUCGUCCGCUUUUUCUAUGUUUCUCAUGGUGAUCAAUUUCGCUGCCUUUGCUUACAUUGUGUUGGCAUAUCUUAUGAUCUACAGGAUUGCGGUCGUGGCAGCAAAGAAGGCGGGUAGAACAGAUACAAGCAGAGCAAUUGGACUACAGAAGAACAUAACCAGAAUAACAGUGACCAACUUUCUAUGCUGGGUGCCAGUUUGUAUAAUUAGUUUUAUAAGUUUGACUGGCGGAAGUGUCGACCCAACGAGCUACGCUGUAGCUGCCAUAGUUUUGCUUCCAAUAAACAGCGCUACUAACCCAUUCCUGUACUCUGAAGUGAUCGGAAGUGUGUGGAAAACUAUGCCUCGACUGCCGAGUUUUAGAAGCUCUAGAGAUACUCAAAAAGCCGAUGAAAAUACCAGUCCAGCAAACGUGAGACCACAUGACCUACCAAUGGGCCGAAUAGAAGCGAUUGUGUAUACUCAAGAAACGAAUGCUGACACUACUAUGUAGUUACAUAUUUCCACUGUACAUACAAUAUAAAUUUGUAGUUCUUUAGCUGACACGUUCGUGAAGUACGCGCAAAUACAGCAGAUUUUAUUUAAA